GAAAGUGAAAAGGCCAGAAAGACGCCGGCGAAAGCAGCAGAAAGGAGGCGAAAGAGCUCAUACACCACACACUCACACUCGUCUGCGCACUGGUAUAAAGAUGAAAGGCACGCAAUUCCUCGCUGGACUUCUGCUGCUCUUCUUCGUCCACAGCAGCCUGGAGCUGCCGCUGAAAGACGUCACAAGCUCAGAGACAGAAGCGCGUGUGUGGGAGGAGAGGAAAGAUUUCCCGCUGGUGAAGAGGCAUUCCGAGGGCACCUUCUCCAACGACUACAGCAAAUAUCUGGAAACGCAGCGGGCGCAGGACUUUGUGCAGUGGCUGAUGAACUCUAAGAGGAGCGGCGGGCCGGUCCGGCGCCACGCUGACGGCACCUACACCAGCGACGUCAGCGCCUACCUGCAGGACCAGGCGGCUAAAGACUUCAUCACCUGGCUAAAGAGCGGACAGCCCAAACAAGAAGGUUCUGGGAAACGAGGGGUAGAAGCAGUACACAGGAGACACGUGGACGGAAGCUUCACCAGUGACGUCAACAAGGUGCUAGACAGUAUGGCCGCUAAGGAAUACCUACAGUGGGUCAUGAGCCAAUCAUCAGGGACCAGUGGCAAACGGCAGUGAAACCAGCGGGGGAAACAGAGUGCUUCCUGACCGGAGUGAAGGUUCGGAUAUCGUUCUCCACCCAGAGGUUCCUGCAAUCGCCACAUCAAUGAAAGCCAUAGUCCUGCAGCCAGAGCUGAUACAGCAUUGGAAAUUGAAAGCCAUGUUGUUUUUCCAUCGUUUGUAACUUGAGCACUGUGAUAUACAAUGAUUAUUUAUUUUCCAGAGAUUUGUGGUUUGCCAUAGAAAACGAUGAUAAAAAGGCUAUUUUUCUAUAGAUUUGAGCUAUUUUCUAUAUUUAUGGUAUGGAAAGAACACGUUAGAAACUCAGGUAAAUGUACUGAACUCUCAGGUUAGUGAGUGAGAGAGAAAAUGUCGUGAUGCCUUCACUGUAUCAAAACGCCAUGCACGUGGUGCCCUGCUCUGCUAAAUAAA